GGCUCGCGCUGUGGCAGCUGUCCUCGCGCACUCGGUUGGUGCUCGGCUCGGACCGACAGACUAAAGCUCCGCUGGAGGAGGACGGUGUUGGAAUCCACGAAUAUAAACGAAUCAUGGCUGCUAACAUGGGGUCCAUGCGCAUCCUCAUCAAGGGAGGGAAGGUGGUGAAUGACGACUUCACACAGGAAGCAGAUGUUUACAUUGAGAACGGCAUCAUACARCAGGUUGGGAAGGAGCUGAUGAUCCCAGGUGGAGCGAAGGUGAUCGAUGCUUCUGGAAAGCUYGUGCUGCCAGGUGGAAUCGACACCUGCGUUCACCUGCAGCAGACGUUCAUGAACGCCAGCAUUCAGGACGACUUCUACAGUGGAACCAAGGCGGCUCUGAUGGGUGGUACCACCAUGGUGAUGGCUCUGGUCCUGCCUGAGCAGCACUGCUCCCUGCUGGACGCUUAUGAGAGCUGCCGCAGUCUGGCAGACGCCAAGGCCUGCUGCGACUACGCGCUGCAUGUCGGGGUCACCUGGUGGGGACCAAAGGUACGCAAUGAGAUGGAGAGCCUGGUGAGGGAGCAUGGCGUGAACUCCUUCCAGAUGUUCAUGGCCUACAAAGACCUGAUGAUGCUGCGGGACUCAGAGCUGUAUCAGACUCUGCAGACCUGCAAGGACAUCGGAGCCAUUGCACGUGUGCACGCUGAAAACGGAGAGCUCGUGGCAGAGGGUGCCAAAGAGGCUCUGGAUCUGGGAAUCUCUGGACCAGAAGGAAUAGAGAUAAGUCGACCAGAGGAGCUGGAGUCUGAAGCCACUCACAGGGCCAUCACAAUCGCCAACAGGGCGCGCUGUCCCAUCUACCUGGUGAAUGUGUCCAGUAUGCUCGCUGGAGACAUGAUUGCUGCUGCUAAGAUGCAGGGGAAGGUGGUCCACGCUGAGACCACUGUAGCUCACGCUGUGCUGAAUGGGAACCAGUACUACCACCAGGACUGGACUCACGCUGCUGCUCAUGUCAUCGUCCCUCCUCUGCGCCUGGACCCAAACACGCCGAGCUACCUCAUGGGCCUGCUGGGAAAUGACACUCUGAGCGUCGUUGCUUCAGAGCACCGUCCGUUCAGCACCAAGCAGAGAGCUUUGGGCAAAGAAGACUUCACCAAGAUCCCUCAUGGAGUGGCGGGGGUCCAGGACCGGAUGAGUGUCAUUUGGGAAAGAGGAGUGGUGACAGGAAAAAUGGAUGAGAAUCGUUUUGUGGCUGUGACCAGCUCCAACGCAGCCAAAAUCUACAACCUGUAUCCACGCAAAGGUCGGAUCAUCCCUGGAGCCGACGCUGAUGUGGUGGUCUGGGACCCCGAUGCAACCAGGACGAUCUCCCUGAGCACCCAGGUGCAGGGCGGAGACUUCAACCUGUACGAGGGGAUGCGCUGCCACGGCGUUCCUCUGGUCACCAUCAGCCGGGGACGCCUGGUGUGUGAGAACGGCGUGUUCAUGUGUGCCGAAGGCUCCGGGAAGUUCUACCCGCAGCGCACCUUCCCCGACUACCUCUACAAGAAGAUGGUCCAGAGAGAAAAGAACCAGGCCUAUAAAGGCGUAGAAAGGGAUCCUUAUUCUGGUGAUGUGGCCAAGGUUGCGAACACGAUGAAGAAGGAGCUCGGUUUGGGUCCGAUCGACGGCGAGUCGCCAAACAAGCCGGCCGUUCGGGCCCACCAGGGUGUCCGAGACCUCCAUGAGUCCUCCUUUAGUCUGUCAGGUUCUCAAGUUGACGACCACAUCCCGAAGAGGUCCUCUGCUCGGAUUCUGGCUCCCCCUGGUGGCCGCUCCAGUGGCAUUUGGUAAUCGUUAGCGUCGCAGUUCAAACCGUUUCCACCUCUGUGUUUUUAUUAUAUUUCCAAGCAACCAGGAAAACUGCACUGAUUUUAAGACAACAGAAUAAAACUUUAAAAGUAAGGCGAAAACAAAUUCAAGUAAAAGUCAGACGUAUUUAUUAAUUAGUGGUUUGCAAAACAGUGAAUUUGUGGUUAGCUGCACUAAAAAAGGGCUAGCUCUGAACUUAAAUUCUAGCUUAUUGUAAUAAUAACAUAAAUCUGCGGUGCUUUUAAGCCUCGUUACGUUUUAACCAGAGGCAGAUCAAAACCAGUACAGUUUUUAACGGUUCGAAACAAAAGUGUUGCCAGAAUUAUUUAAAGAUAAGUGGAUUCAAACCCGUCACUGACGAACACACGGUACACCGUAGACACCAUAGCGUUAUAGUUUCUUGUGAUUGAUGUGUGUGGAUCCUGUUUGUGACCGGACGACCCCACUGAGAGUGUUUUUGGUUUCCAGUGGACCAACAGUUCUGUGUGGUGAUGAAAUCCAGCUGCUUCUAACACUCCGUCUGUCUGUAUUUACACUUCCACUGCCUCUAACUGAACCAACAAAACGACUGGAAGGCAACUUUGGUCUAGGGCUGGGCAAUAAAUCAAUUUUAUUGAUUGGUUUUUGAGGAUUUAAUGCUUGGAAUAUCAGGAUUUUAUUACACCAAUCCACUCCUUGGGCUCACAUAGUUCAGAGUAAUGUCAGCUAAAGCUGCCAUCUUGUUUUAAAAGGUUAAAAUUAGUCAUAAUAUUACAACCACACAGUUGUUGUGAUGUGAGGAUAAAUUUAAAAAAAUGCAAGAAUGAAAUGUUAAUAUUACCAGAAUAAAGUAUAAUAGUAGCAGAAUGAAGUAAUAAUUUUAUGAGAUUAAAGAAAUAAUAAAACAUGAGGAAUGUUGAGCAGUUUGUGAAGUUGUACUUUGGAAUUGGUUUCAAAGAUAAGAUAAUGAUCUUUUAACACAUCAGCACGACUAAGAAUCUAACAUAGUCAUGCUGAUUCUGAUAAUCAGCAUGACUGAUAAUUUUAAGAUGUUUUUUUGGUAAAAUUGCAUCUCUAUUCUGCUAAUAUUAUAGCUGUAUUCUUGUAAUUAAACAAAAUUUAUUAUAAUGGAUAAUUGAAAUUGAAUAUUCAUUUGUAAUU